AUGUCAACCGGCUCACGCAAGAAAAAGUCGAAACUCGGCGCAGCCCGAUCAUCAACCAGAACCAACACCACUGGAACGGCAGACGCUGGUCAGCUUCAGACCAAAGAUCAAGAUCAGACCCAGGCACAGAUUCAGGCUCCUUCCUCAUCCAAAGUCUCACCCGAAACUUCAGGCGGUGCAAUGUGUGCUUUGCGCAGUAAUGAUAUCAAGGUCAACGAUCACAAGAGCCCUUCCGCGACUCCCAAAAUAGCUUUGUUGUUACCUCAGAAACCACCCGUACCACAAAAACUGCUACGACAAUCACAGAAGAGAAAGUAUCAACAAAACCUAGAAUUUCCCCAGAAGCAAGAAGCACAACAGAGAUCGCAGAUACGACAAUUGCCACCAAUCUUGCAACCACAUGCAGCUGGAGUCAAGGGCCCAACGGACGCUUCGAAUUCCCCUUCCUUCAUCAACCCAGCAAAGGUAAUCAAGCCAGAUAACGCACAGCAAGAGAGAUUCUCAAGGUUUUCUGAGGAGCAGAAUCGCACCCUCGAACUGAGAUCUGAGCGGAUCUUGGGAAAACUGAAGUUGAAGACACUUACAGAACUGAUUACGCUGCAAAUGAACAACCCGGAGGAGUAUGUAUCUCAUCUCAUAGGAGAUGUCAUCUUCAAGAAGCGUAUGAAUGCGCUGGAUACGUUGGAGAGUCAGCUUUGAGCUCACAUGAGAGAUCAAGGGUCAGUUAGGAAUGGGGACAGAAAGAUGUGAGAGCACUGAACAGAGGAGAG